AUCUGCAUAUAAACUCUGUUUACAGGAGAUUCAUGCUAAUCCCAGAAAUGCGCCUGCUACUCUUCCUUUGGAUUUGUUAGAUUUUCUCAAAUUAAUUUGGAAACAGAAGGAUUUGCUUCCUAGGGUCAAAACUUUCGCCUGGAGAUUACUUAGAAAGGCCUUGCCUACGGGUUUGCGAGCUGGUCGUUUUUCCAUUCAUAUUUCUAAAAAUUGUUGUCGUUGUGGCCAGCAAGAGGAUGAGUUCCAUCUAUUUUUUCUGUGUAACUUUUCCCGUGCGGCUUGGUUUUCCUCUCCUUGGUUCCUUCAAUCGGAUGCUUUAAUUCAGGGCCAUUCCACUAUGCAUUCUGUUCUUUUUGACUUGCUUCGUAUGGGACAUCCUCAUGAUUCUAUUUCUAGUGUUUUAAAUUUUUUGUGGUGUCUCUGGAAGGCUAGAAAUGAUUUUCUCUUUGAUAGAAAAAAGGCUCUUCCCCACCAAGUUCAUAUUGCAGCUCUUGCUUUAGCUUCUGAUUGUUAUGAUAAUCUUCCAUGUUUACCUUCGAAGCAGGAUCAAGCUCAUAAUCAAUUGCCUCCUAAUCAGCUCCCUAUGCAAGGUAGAACGCUUAAGACAGAUCUGUUAAUUGUUGGCCCUAAGAUCUAUUCUGAUGCUGCUUAUAGGACCAAGAAAGUUCCAGGUUUGUUGCAAGGAGAGGUUGCUAUAGAUGUGGGAGUGUACAUCUCUAUGCCCUUCAACCAGAAGGAAAUUAAUGUGCAAGUUCAAGCUUCGACUUCUCCUACUUCUACUCCUCUACAAGCUGAAGCAUUGGCUCUUUCUUUUGCUGCUCAUCUUGCUUCUCAACUCAAUAUUGCGCAGCCCACUUUUCUUUUGGAUUGUCUUGCUUUAGCUUUGGCUGUUGCCUCAGGUAAUAUUUGUGAUUCUGCCACCCCUUGGAAUAUUAGAAAGUCUUUGGCUAGCUUUUUCAAAUGUACAUCUAAUUUGCAAGCGCACGUGUUUCAUAUUUCUAGAGAAAUCAAUGGUAUUGCUCACAAUCUUGCGCAACAGGUUUUUCGUUCUGAUGGGCACACUCAACUCUCUUGUUUUGCUGCUACUCAUUCUCAAGUUUCUUGUCCUGUGUUGCCCCUUCUUUCAAAUUUCCAAAUUCAGGGUUUUAGAAUUCAUACUAUACAUUGCUACUAACAACCUUGUUGUGCAUGGAUCUUCUGCUUCUAUUCACAGUGUUGCUGUGCUGGCUUCUAUACUCUCUCUCUCUCUCUCUUUCAGGAUGCACCUUUGCCAGAUUAAGGAUGGUCUUCUUCAACCUGCUGGUUUCUCACAGGAAAAGGAAUCCUCUUCCAUCUUGUGCAUUUUGCAGAGUUUGCCAAGCUGAGGCCAGUUGACGUCUUAAGCUCUGCAGGAUUAAAUUUAGAGGCUUGUAUUACACCUGUCUUUGGGUUCUUCAGUACACUUUCAAGUCAUCUUUGUUUGGCACACUUGUUGUUUUAGACUGUCUGUUGUCUGUCUUUCUGUUCUUCUGAUCAUGCUGUUCAUCAGUUGGGGUUUCCCUCUCUGUCUUCCAGGAUAGUUCCUCAGCUCAUAUAGCCUUAGACUCUGCUUCUCUUUCUUUCAAUUUCUUGGCAGGUCUAUGUAAUGCUUGAUGUACUCUGUCAAUGAGCUGAAUGAAAUUGGCACCUGUUGGUGCCUUCUCUUGUUAAAAAAAAAAGUGUCCACACGCGCGCGUUGUGUAGUAGUAAGCCACAGCCGUCCGAGUCCCCCAAUCCCAUCACUGAUGCCACCACCAGCAGCAACCAUGGCCGUCCUCAGAGCAUCCCUGCUCCCACCCCAGCCUCUUCCCUCUUCCUCCUCCUCCACCCCCCAGUCUCAGCGGCUCCCCAGUGGCAGCAUCACCGCUGCAGCCCUGUCAAGAACAAGCCCGCACCCUCCUCCUCUCAAGACCGGCUGCCGCGGCAGCGCCAAGAAGAUCCUUCUUGCAGGAAGAGGGCGACUCCCCUGCUUGCCCACAAAGCAAGAGGUCGUCGCGGUAGGCGGUGCGGAGGAGGAACGAUACCUCGCGAGGGAGGCCGGGUGGGGAGUGCGGCGGAUGGGGCGGAUCGGCGAGGAGAUGAGGCGGGUGGCGCUCGUGCAGGCCGAGGCCUUCCACGUCCCCGUUGCGCUCUUCAACGACUUCUUCUUCGAUUUCUUCAAAGCAGAGGUGUUGGCGGCGCUCAUUUACAAACUGAGGAAUUCGCCGCCUGACAGGUAUGCGUGCUUGGUGGCAGAAGAAGCUGAUGAGCCGUCGCAGUCGCAGGCACCAUUUGAGAAGAUCAUUGGGGUGGUGGAUUGCACGGUGCAGGAUGAAGGCGACAUCCUUAGGAACCUCCAAGGUGUCCAGGAGUACUUUUACGUAUCAGGAAUAGCAGUGCUGCCAUCAUACAGGAGGAGGAAGGUGGGCACCGCCCUGCUGAAAGCGUGCGAGGUGUUGGCUCUAGAAUGGAGGCAGAGAUUCAUGGCUCUUAGGGCAUACGAGGAUGACAGCAGCGCUCGAGGACUCUACGCAAAGGCAGGGUACAGGGUGGUGUCAAGGGAUCCUGGAUGGGUCACCUGGGUUGGGAGGAGGAGGCGUGUUCUCAUGGUAAAAGAAUUGCCGGUUCAUGAUGCUCAGAUCCAACAGCAAUGACAUGCUUGUCCUAGUAGGUCCCCGUAUAUAUAUAUGUCCCCUGCUAAUUCCUUGCGUCUGGUGUAAGAAUGACAUUUUUUGGGGGGUUUAAUCAUUGUGUAGCAUGAAUCGGUGCUGGACUGUUAGUUUUGAAUUAUUCUCUGCAUAACUGAUGUUCCACGCAGCAUUGCUCAAUAUGUUGAGCAGGCGCAAUGCAGUCUCUGCAGACAUGGUUGGGGGGCAUCAUCUGUAAGCUGUCCUUCCUAAGCAGAGGGACCUACGAAUUGUUCCA